AUGAUCUCUGCUCGUUGUGCAGCUUGCAAGUAUUUGAGAAGAAGAUGCCCUUCCGAUUGCAUUUUCUCUCUUUAUUUCCCUCCCAACGAUCCUCAAAGAUUUGCUUCUGUUCACAAAAUCUAUGGUGCUAGCAAUGUUGCAAAGAUCCUCCAGCAACUCCCACUCACUCUCCGAGCUCAGGCAGCGGAAACAUUGUAUUUCGAGGCAAAAUGUCGUAUUGAAGAUCCUGUUUAUGGGUGUGUUGGCAUUAUCUCUCAAUUAUAUCAACAACUACACAACGGAGAAAGCGAGCUGGCUAAGACCCAAGCUGAGAUUGCCUUCCUCAAUUGUAAUCCACAAGUUCAGCCAAUUGAUGAAGCCAAUUCCAGCAACUUCAACAAUUUAUUGCCACAGCAAUAUUGUCCUCUUUCCACUCCAAAUUCUUGGUUUAAUUAG